UACUGUGUGUGAGCCGAGGGGCCGGAAAGCACCUUUUUUUUCUCCUGCUGACGACACGACGGUGACUCUGUGCGUCCGUACAGGAGCCAUUAUCAUCACCACCACCAUCAUCAUCAUGUUUACCUGAACGCGGAUAACGGGGCUGACAAAUGGCCUAGAAAUAAACAGAAAUAACACCUGCGGCUCCCGACCGUUCACGGAACAGUAUCUGCUCGCCGUUUCCUAAAGGCUCAGUGUCUCGUGAGGAGCCAGGAAAAACCGCUCCAAAUGUCAACUUGUGCAGUGACAGACUUCAACAAUGGCUUGGAGGCCAGUUCAGACUCAGACGACGAGGACAAGCUACACAUUGUGGAGGAGGACAGCCUGCAGGACCCGGAGGUUGCCAACGCCGAUGGGACCAAAACGCAGGACAGCCAUGGCACCACGACAAGCCCAGUAUUACCCCACAAUGGCUCCUUAAACGGAGUGAAGGAGGAGUAUGUGUCAGAAGAGGAAGGGAAGGUUGAGAAGGAACUUCUAGUGAAGGAGAUCCUCCAGCAAGGAGACACAGCCGUCAUCUAUCCUGAAGACCCUGAGGAUGAGCAGAGUCCAGCAGAGACAGGAGGCGCUGAUGAAAACGGCACACCAGAUUCCUUCUCCCAGUUGCACACCUGCCCGUACUGCUCUCGGGGCUACAAGCGCAAUGCCUCGCUGAAGGAGCACAUCAAGUAUCGCCACGAGACCAGCGAGGACAACUACAGCUGCUCGCACUGCAGCUACACAUUCACAUACCGGUCACAACUGGAGAGGCACAUGAGCCACCACAGGGGCACCAGGGAGCAGCGUCACGUUACCCACCGGCCGACAGGUGGAUCAGAAGGAACAGGUGGAACCCGCAAAUUCAUGUGUACCGAAUGUUCCAAGGCCUUCAAAUACAAGCACCACCUGAAGGAGCACCUGCGCAUUCACAGUGGUGAGAAACCAUAUGAAUGCUCAAACUGCAAGAAGCGAUUCUCCCACUCAGGCUCGUACAGCUCCCACAUUAGCAGUAAGAAGUGUGCGGCAACCCCCAAUGGCGUCCCUCGAUUGCCAAUCAAAUCUCCCCCACCCACCACACAGAUCACACCAGUUGUAAUUGCUCCAGCCCGCAUGAUUAUCAAAGAGAAGACUGACAGCAAGCCCCUCCAGGAGCAGCUGCCCAUCACCCAGAUCAAAUCUGAACCUGUGGAAUAUGAGUGCAAAGCCAUGAUGGCGGAACCGGCAACUUCAGCUGGUACCAACGGAGUGGUGAAUGGAGGGACUGCACCGCCAGCUGUGGUUCCAGCUGCGACCUUGCCUCAGGGCGUGGCUAUGGUGGUGCCAGCCGUCGGCCUCAUGUCGCCCAUCAGGAUCAACUUGAACGACUUGCAGAAUGUUCUUAAAGUUGCAAUGGAUGGAAACGUGCUCAGGCAGGUGCUGGGCACAGCUAACGGGGUGGUGACGCAGGGAAAGCAGGGAAUUGUAGUUCAGCAGCCCCAGCAGCAGAUUAUUAGCCUACCGGCCUUUGUGGAUCACGACGGCACCACAAAGAUCAUCAUCAACUACAGCAUCAGUCCUGCAGCUGCUACCACUGCCACGGGCCAGCCUGCACCGCUCGUUGCCAAAACCAAUCCUGCUCCCCCUCCCACAGUCACCACUGCUGCGGCCCCCACCCCCACCAAGACAGACAGACCUUUGACCCCAGAGGUGGCCGACCUCUCCAUUGUAAAGGCCGAGCCCGAAAUGGUAGCAAUCCCAGACAUGGAGACAAAGACAGCCACGCAGACAGAAAUGGAACCUGUCAAGACCUCAUACACCCAAACACCUCACACGCCAAAAGUCAACAGCUCCAGUUCGUGUUUACUCUGCGAUGAUUGUCCCGACAACCUGGAGGCGUUACACCUCCUCCAGCACCGCAAAGCAGCCAACGGAGAGGCCGUUGACUCUGCCGCGUUGGACCCCUCGUUUGCUGCUCUGCUCAGCGAGGCAGGGGUGACACUGGAGGAGCCACCUGUUGAUGACCUGCUCUCUCUCCUCAAGACCUACUUUGCCUCCAAUGCCAAACCAAGCGAGAAGGAGCUGUCCAAAAUCUCGGAGUCUAUCAGGAUUCCCGUGGAUGUGGUCAGAAAGUGGUUUGCCAAGAUGAACUCUGGGAAAAAUGUGGGCAAAUAUUGUAGGGUCGCUACAAUGGUUUCCAGAAAGACUGAAACCACAAGUCUCAGCUCGGAGGAUGCCUCAAAUCACAACAUUGAGGCAGAGGAGGACAGCUCCCAAGAAACCUCUAACAAAGCCUCAUCCGAAUCUGGCAGCGUGUCUCUGUCAGACUCCUCAACACUAAGCCUCAACGCUGGGGACCUUGUCAUUGUUAAGAGCGAGCCAGAAGACCCGGACGCCCCGGACUCCCAGGCCGAGCCGCUUGACCUCUCCCUCCCUAAACACAUUGCAGCAGCAUUGGAGACAGCCCAGCCCCCCAGCAAGCAGCAGGAGCACCCCCUGAACCUGACCUGCCUUAGGAAGGAGCAGCUGGAGGGGCAAACUUUCUACAUCAACAAGACCGGAGGGCCUAUCAACAUUGUCACUACCACACAGCUUCCCACGUUAGUGGCCAUUGCUGGUCAGGGCGCAAUGGGCUGUCUCAGCGCUAUCAACACCACGACCAAACGCACCAUCCUCAUCCCCCAGCUUACCUAUACCUACGCAACUACAGCCGGCAGCACCACCGGAGCAAAGACUGUUGUACUGAACGGCCACACGCAGGGGAAGAGGCUGGAGAGCAGCUUUGACGCUGUUUCCACGGUGGAGGAGCAGAACGACUCGGACUCAGCCACGCUGAUGAAGAAGCGGCGGCUGGAAAACGGCGUCUACCCGUGUGACCUUUGCUCCAAAGUCUUCCAGAAGGGCAGCUCCUUGCUUAGGCACAAAUAUGAACACACGGGAAAGCGACCCCACGAGUGCAGCAUCUGCAAGAAGGCCUUCAAACACAAACACCACCUGAUCGAGCACUCGCGGCUGCACUCCGGGGAGAAACCCUACCAGUGCGAUAAAUGCGGGAAGCGUUUCUCCCACUCAGGCUCAUACUCCCAGCACAUGAACCACCGCUACUCCUACUGCAAGAAGGACGGGCCGAGUUCCGGCUCUGGACCACAAGAGGCUCAGUCGGAGCUCGGCAGCCCCCUUGGCGCCGGGCCGCAGUCAGACAGCCGGACCACAACCCCGCCCUCCCAAAUGGACUCAGACGAGAGGGAGAGCGAGGACGAGGACGACGAGGCCAUGUGCAUGGACGACAUCCGGGUGGUUCAGGUGGACGACGGCGAUUGCGAGAUCUACGAGGGCAACUUUGAGGAAGAUGAGGACGGCGAGGAGAUGCCGGAGGAAGACACGGCUGAGGAGGAAGAGACAGAUAGAGACAAGGUGGACAACGAGUUUGUUUGUGACGUGGUGGAGGUUGAGCUUGAGGACGGCCACGUGGAGGACAAAGAGAUGGAGGAAACAACUGAAGAGAAGGAGGAAAUGACUGAAGAGCAGGAAGAAACCACUGAAGAGCAGGAGGAAACAACUGAAGAGAAAGAGGAAAUGACUGAAGAGAAGGAGGAAACGACUGAAGAGCAGGAAGAAACCACUGAAGAGCAGGAGGAAACAACUGAAGAGAAAGAGGAAGCGGCUGAAGAGAAGGAGGCAAGGGCUAAAGAGAAGGAGGAAGCGGCUAGCGCGGAUACAGAGGAAUUGGCAGACUGUGACGUAAAUACGGACAAAAGCAUCAGGGAGGGCUCAGGCAUCGCUGAAUCCCCAGAAGAAGUGGUGACAAACGCCAAAUAAAAUGAUGGAAAAUUUAUUCGGGACAUCUCAUAAUGCCUCGGUUAUGACAUUUCAAGUUAAUUCAGACAAAGACGCAGAAAAGUCGAGAAAGUCACGGUGGUUACCUGAUCUUAACGGUCUACUACUGUGAACAAAUAUCCCAGGUGUGCCUGAACUUAAAGAAAAAUAAAACAAAAAAAUAGUGACUUUUUUUUCUUGUGGAAAUGAAAUAUCAGUGUUAAAAUUGUUUAUAGAAGUCCAGAUUUUAAAACAGAAUUCACCCAUCAACGUGUUAGACUUGUUACUGAGACAUACCAGGUUGUUUUUGUUUGUUUGUCUUUUUUCAUUUGGUCAAUGUUACUAAUCUUAUUUGACAUUUUAACAUUUUAACCUGUUAAGAUGAGAGAUUUCUAUACCUUUUUAUUGCCAAUGAAGUUUCCUAAAUCAGUAUUUUAUUGAGUUCUACGAACAAAAACCUCUGCACUACAGUAUUCCUGGUUUACCUAUGGAUACAUGCCUCAUGCAUUGUAUGCCCUUCAGUGUUAUAUACGUACACUAGCUAGCAAGAUGUUGUUUGUGUUAGCGUUGGCUAGUUAGCAUUACUUUAGUUUUCAGUUUGACUGUUAGCCUUAAGGAAAACAAAGUAUUCUUGGGGAGGAUUGUGGGCGGGAUGGGGAGUCUGGGAUGAGACGUCGGCUUCUGUACGCCGUAACCAAAUUUGCCCUAUCAGGGAAGGUGGAGUGACAACCUUAAAGCCAGCAUCAGGGGCUUGAGUUUUUGCAACCCGGCGUAGCCUGCACAGGUGGAGUCUCCAGGUGAAGAUUUUCGCCUGGCUGUGCUGUGGUUUGGGAAACGCACGCACCCAUUCUUACCGAGUUUCUCCUUAUUUUGGUUGAUCUUAAAGAUUCAGUGUUAUUAGCUUAAUAAUGAAGUCAUAUUGUACGUGAAGGACCGGGGCUGUUCCCUGCUCCACCCCAAUGCCUCCAGCCUUAUGCAAGACCUGUGUGCUGUUAAAAGUGCCAUUGAACAGUGUUAUAAUUUCUUCUUUACACGUGUAGCAAGUAUUCUGUCCCUCUGUUACCUACACAAGACCCAUAUUGACUAAUGUUUGUCGACUUGCACAGAACAGCUUGUUUUUAGCUGAAAGAUGCAUCCUGUGAAAUGAAUUUAAAUAUUUGCAAGGCAGAAAAAGUAUUUUGACCACUUGUUAGGGAUUCACUGUAUUAGGGCUUCUAUACUAUCAAUGUUGGCCAUUGAUUUUCCUGACAUUUGUUUAGUUUUUGGGGAUUAAUCGAUUCAUUGUUAAGUCUAUUAAAUGACAAUAAAUAGUGUAAAAGGCCAAAUAUAAUUUCCCAGGGGCCAGGAUGGUGCCUUUAAAUGUCUUACUGUGUCGGAACACAAAUUUAAAACCCAAAUAUAAUCAGUUUACAAUGAUGAACAGAGUCCUAGCUACACAAUGUCCAAAAUCUUUAAAUUGUAGUUAAAAAGUAAAGACCUUUUGAGGAAGGCGUGGGAACUGUUGAGAAAUGCAGUCCAGACUGAGCUUACCUGUGAAUAUGUAAGGCCUUGUAAACUCCUUUCCCGAUGAUAGUAAAAGUUUUUAGAAGAAGCGAUAUUAAAUAUGUUGAACUUUCAGUUUAAAAAAAUUCUGUUUUCUUUAGGUUGAAAUAUUUUAAGCUUAAGACACUCUGCUCCACCUGGUUGGAACGGAAAAAAAUACAAAAAAUAAACAAAACCAAGAUGAAUUUGAAGUAAAAUGGAGACAGAAGUAUUUACUAUAAAAUCCAGCCAAACUUGUGCACUUGUUUCGGAUGGUAAAAAAGAAAAGAAAAAGCUGUCCCGCACUUUAGAAAGCAAACGUUAGUGAAUGUGGUCUGUGUUGAAGUGUUUUCAGUUGGUUUUACCGAACAGUGUUUAUAAUAUUAGUCUGUUUAAAAAAAAAAUUGUGUGUCUUCUGUAUAAUUUUUUGACAAUGGCAGUAUUAGAACCCUUUUCGCAGAUUAAAAAAAAUGUACCUGUUUAGUUUUUAGAAGACUUUUUUAUAUUUGUGUCUUAUUUUUAUAUUUUCUUUUAUGGUUAUUUAUUACACAUUGUAGUGUACAUUAAUGUAGUUUGAAUUGAUACAAUAAUAUAUUUUAGUAUGAAAAUAACCUCAAGACAAACAAAAAAAAACAACAUGUGGUUCUGGGAACUGAAGUUUGUUUUAACAAAAAAAAAAACAUAAAAAGAUAAAACAUGUACUCUGUAAACAUGACUUCUGUUGUAAGCUAAAAAAAAAGAGAGAAAAAAGACAGGAAUGAAGUGAGAAAUAGAAACUUGUUACAUGUGCAUCCACUCUGCGUCGCUAUGAAGCUACUGAAUUCUAAAACUCUGUGAUUUUAAAAGCAUGAGUCGUUGCCGUUUUAAUGAAGGAUCUUGUUAUGAAGCCUCCCUUUUUUAUUUUGAAGCCAAAUUCCAAUGGUCCCGCCACCCUGUUUUCUGUUCUGUGCCAACUUGUUCCAUUGUACUGUCAAAGGCUGCAUAUCACAUUGUUCUCCUCCCCCCCCCCCUUGCAAAUCCACUGUCUUUUCGUAUUGUUUUUAUUUUAGUUUUGCUCCAUUUUUAUGACUCCCCAUCACAAUAAAAUAUAAGAAAGCA